GCGAUGGAGAUUUUGAGGUGAAUGGGAAUGGGUGUGAUAUCGCAGCGUGUGUUAGAGAGAGAAUUUUGAUUAUUUUCGACGGUGAGAAAAUUGCCACCGCGAAAAGACGGUGUAUUAUAUGCUUUAAUCAGCCCAAGAUUGCGCGCCUCUCAGUCAGUGCACAAACGUCUCGGGAGUCUGUCGUCACGACGGUUGGGGAUCGCUCGGCGCGACGCAUGUGAUCGCGCGCUGGUUUUUUCCACGGUGUAUCAUAUAGAUCAUCUUUGUCGCGAUGCCGCGGCGCAGAAAUCGCCAGAAGAGGCACAAAGUGAGUCCAAAUGAUGGACAAUGGUGCAAGAGUGUGGGUGUGGACCCUUUGGAUGUUAAAAAUACAGCAAAAUGUGAGAAAAGUGACAAAGAAUGCGAAUAUGAGGAAAAGCCUGAGGCAGUUCGGGAUGUUGUAAGUGAUGUGGUGCGUCCACAUGAGAGAGAUCACACAGCGUCACUCCAACGGGAAUCCAAUGCCGAUGACGAAAAUAGAACAACGACACGAACUAAUAUUAUUAGCUGCAAGAUCAACACGAAGAGUAGUUGUGAAUUGUGGCAGAGUACCCAAAAUACUCUGGCUAUUAGUUUGAAGCGCACAGCGGAACCAUUGGGGGAAGAUCGCGACGAGACACCGCUGCAGCGCGACAAUGUGCAGAAUGUGGUGAAUUUGUCUGGAGAUGUGGAAUCCGUGGAGAAUGACAUGAUGGGGCAGCAACAGAGUAGCAAAAAAGGCAGCAAGGCACACAGAAAGUCCCCAAAUCCGGAGCAGGAAUGCUACCAACAGGCACCGUAUCCAGCUCAGCCAGAUGAUCCCCAUUCCGAGGAAUACUAUGAAGCGCAUUGUGAUAGUUUUAAGUGCACGAGUGCCGAUCCCGCGAUCACCACACUCAUCAGUCCGACGCACGCCCUCUCGGACAACGAUAGUGGUUGUGAAUUUAGUGAGAGACUGAGGGAAGACAAUGACAUUGUCGAGGAAGAGACUGAGGUGUUUCAUUGUGUUGAAACAACGUUCAAUUUCAAUCCCAUCUACAAUAGCAAUUUAGUUUGUACCGAGGACAUUGUGAAAAGUGAUACGGACCGGAUUAAUAGUGCAUUCAAUGAUGGCACUGGUGCCAGCAAACCAAAGUAUGAUAUGAUGCCACACAUUAAUGGUGAAAAGCCACCUUGUUUGCCGGACAUUGUGGGGAAUGGCCAAACGAAUCUAUCGGAAAAGAGGGGUCUGGUCACGCAAGAGGCACACUUCAGCACCCAAUUGGAUGCGGCGGAGAAAGAAGUCACCUAUGCACAGUCCAAAAUAACUGAACUUCAGCUGAGGAUAGAUGAAUUGGAGAGAGAAAUCGCAAAUAAGACCUGGGCAAUUGAUAGACUUCAGGCGGAACUGGUUUCAGCCCAGAAAGAAGAUGAAUGCGUGCGGAGAAAGCUGAGGCUGCAGGAAGCCGAGAUGGGUGUACUAAAGAGCAAAGCAUGCGAUAGGGAAGAUGAACUGAAGCAGCAGUACAGUGAUCUCGAAGUGACGCACAGUGAACUACAGAUGAAGUUGAAGGAUAUUCAGCAUUUCACAAGCAAUCUCCAGGUUCAGCUGGCAGAAGCACAGAACUAUGCAGAAACAUGCAAAAAGGAGCGGGAUAAAUUGCAAGAUGAGCGAGUAGAGGAGCAGAAACUGGUGCAGGACACCCUAGAAGCAGCACUGAGUCAGCGAGAUCAGCUGGAGGCAAAGUUCGAACAACUACGCAAUGUUAACCAGGAACGUGAGGAGCGGCUAAUGGAGGAUUGUGAAUGGAAAAUGCGCGGUAUGCAGAAGAAAUGCAAGGAACGACUGGAAGCCAUUACCAAAGAGCAUCAACAGGCAAUGGAAACUAAUGCAAAACUGAAAGCCACAGCAGAGCAGUACAUGAAGGAUCUCAAACGACUGAAGAGUAUAGAAUCUGAGGCAAAUGCCCUGAGAGGACUCACGUCUGAUCAAAGGGACAGUCUAACCGCUAUAUCGGCACAACUGAGUGAUGUGAAAGCCGAGCUGGAGGCGGCAAAAGUGCGAGCAGAACAGGAGAUUCGGAAUGCACAAAAAAUUAAAAUUCAGUGCGAGAGUGACUUGAUAGACGAGAGAAGGAAAUGCCACAUGAAAUUGGAGGAGACAAGAAUGCAGAUCUCUAUGCAGUGGGAGAAUAAACUCAUGCAAGAGAUGAUGCGACUGAAAUACGAAUUGGAAUCAAUUUAUACUGAUGAGCGUAAGGAGGCACUGGAGAAGCUCAAGAAGGACUUUGAGAAGGAGCUGACAGAUCUCGUUCAGAAGCACAGUACCGUUGAGAAGGCACUUCGAAAGGAGAUUGCAGAUCUCGAAGAGACACUAAAGGACCGUAUUCAGGAACUAAGGGAUGUGUCAGCAAAAUGCGAUAAGCAAACAAUCGAUGCAAGGAUUUAUGUUGAUCGUUCCGAUCGAAAUAAUCAACUCAUUCUAGAUCGAGAGAUUCAAUAUCGCGAGGAACUUGUAGCAAAACUCGAGGAAGAACGUAAUGCUGAUAGAGAAGACAUGGAGAGACAAUUUUCCGAGCGUCUGGCGUCUGUCUCGGAGGAAUUUGCAGCAGAGUUGUGCAACACAACUGAGGAAUUGGAGAUGAAGCACAAGAAAGCUUUACAGGUGCAGUAUGAGCAAUUGAUGGCAGAAAAAGAUGAGGCCCUACAGGCCCUCGAGACGAAGCACAAGCAGAAAAUGUCCUGCCUAGAGACAAAAAUGAAAGAACUCGAAAUUACGCAUCAGCGCGAAUUGAGCGACAUGGAACGCAACUACAGCAUAGAACGAUCAACUCAUGAGCAACGAGAUAGUCAGCAUGCUCAAGAAAUCGAUACAUUACACCGAAAAUGUCGUUGUCUGACCAAAUUAUUUGAGGAGAUGCGAAUGCGCUACGAACGCCGUGAUCCACGUCAGGAGGACAUUCGACAAAUUGCGGAGCUAAAAGAGAAAGUUGAGCAGCAAGAGCGUGAUCUGCACAAGCUCACGGAGGUUCUGCGUGAAAUGCAGAUUGCUCAGUACCCAGAAGAAAAUCCGUCAACCCCACCGCGGAAGCCCGGGAGGAAUGCUGCACGCAAAAAUCGCAAUAGCGAUCUAAAGAAUAAAAUGACCAAUUGUGAUGUCAUCUACGAGGAGGAGCAGGAGAGUGAACAAUCCGUGGACACGGCGAAUGGUGUGAGUGUCGACCAUAAGAAUGACAGCGCGACUGAGGCGUAAAAAAAUCGAGUCUAUUUUCAUACUCAACAUAACACGUAAACUGCCUCUUGGAGUUGAGCUUCUCCUAAUCUUGUUCUUUUGUCUGUCUUUUCUUUUGUAUAUUGUAAAUAAAUAAGAUAUUAUGAUA